AUGCUACUUGGGUCCCGAUUGAACGUCUUUCCGUGGCUAGCGUCAGGGAAAUCAGCGCAACGGAAAACCCCGGUAACCCUGGAGACAUUCACCGUUCACCCAACACCCCGCUCUCCUAACUUCCAGCGUCACCCCGUGGUCUACAGAAAUGACUUGAACGAAAAAAGCCCGGAGCUCAUUCUCAAACUCUUCCACACGAGCGGCGACUGGGCUAAAGGAGGCUACUGGAAGCUUGCAAACGAAGAUCUGGCUACCAGGCCGCAUUUCCUGUCCGAUACACAUGAGUGCUACACCGUCUUGCAAAGAAGGGGUACUCACCAGCUUGGCUAG